AUGCAAUCCAUCGAUGCGGAACAAGUCCGAACCUCGGAGGCUGCUAACUCGGAUUAUCCGACACCACCAGAGCUCCACAUCACUGCCUGGGAUGCGCUCGUCAAGGCAGCAACGCUCACUGCACCGCACCUAUCCUUCGAAGUCGACAGUCCGACACAGUGCUCAUCUGCACAGUCGGAAGAGCAGAAGAAUGGAUUCUUGCUGGCAAAAACAGCCCAACAGCAGCUCAACGACUUUUACAGAAGAGCAUGCUGGGCGCCUGACGGCUGUAGCCUUCUUGCCAUCACAGAGUCACAGCAAAAACAUGUCUUUCACUACAGCCGCACGGACGACAGCAGCAUAGGCAAGCUGCAAUUGAGAAUCAAACUCAAAAGCCCCUCGCCUCUCCUCGAUGCCGUUUGGUAUCCGCUACCUGCCAUGGAGCAAUCGGCCGAUGAGCAAGCAGACACCUCGACUACAACGUGGUGCUUUGCUGAAUCGCAUCGGGAUCUCCCCAUUCGACUCACAGCGAGUGACGAUGGUCGUACCCGCGCAAGCUACUCGAUCAUGAACCACCUCGAGCGAUUCGUGGGUCCGCACUCACUCGUCUUCAGUUCGGACCUCUCCCGCCUCUACUGCGGUCUAUUUUCGUUCCUCGCUGUGUUCCCACUGUCGACACCUGGUCUCAACACGCAUUCUCUGAUCCCGCUCAAUUCCGGAAAACGGUCUGCCGGAGGACAGAGGGGGAUAAUCUCAGCGCUAGCAGCAACUGCACAUCCGAGCGACCCAGCGCAGGAGCUCGUAGCCGUGGGCACCUUCGAAGGCACUGUCGCCGUCUACGGCUUUGACCCAGUGCAAUUCCCUGAGCCCACCGAUCACACUGCAGCACGGACGCCAGCUAGCCACGACCAAGAGUCGCUCGCCCAGAGCUCAUGCCUCGCAGGAUGGCGAGAAGUCGAAGGUGACGGCAUUACACAGCUUAGAUUCCACCCACUCUCGCCCUAUGUGCUGUUCGUUGCGUCGAGGCGAUCAGAUUACAUCUAUGUCUACGAUACCCGUUACUUGAUGGGCGAUGGUUCCAAGUGGAGUUUUCGACCUCUUGCGCAGUCAGGUGCUGGUGUUCGAUCGGCUCAUUUGCUGGCCAAAUUGCGGCGACCGGGUGGAGCGACCCAUCAAAGGAUCUACUUUGACGUCGAUUGGGCCGGUCGAUGGCUCGCUACGGGUGACGAGCAGGGUAUGGUCCAUGUCUGGCGCAUCGAUGUCGGACGCUUUGUGGAUCAGACUGAUGUCGAGGCAUAUGACACGCACGUCCCGCAAGAGCUCGAGUUGACACCCGACCUCAGCUGGAAGGCGCACCAAGACGCCGUCGGAUCCGUGGCCUUUCAUCCCUACGAGCCAUUUAUCGCCUCUGUGUCUGGUUCACGGCGCUGGCCUGACCCGGGAUCUGCCAGCAGCAGCGAAUCAGAACAGGACAGCGAGGACAGCGACCCGGUCUCUCCCUCUAGAGACUCGCAAAGACCGUGGACGACCAACGAUGGCUCGUUGAAAGUAUGGAACUUUUCCGAUCCCCCACCUACUUCACCUUCCUGA